GUGCAGGAGGGACGCGCGGAUAGGGCCCCGCGGGCGUUUCUGCCGGUUCUCGGUGCCUCUAUGAAGUUUCGAAGUGGAAAGCAGGGUCGCUGGAGCAUCGCUUGUAGCCGGGAAGUCAGGAAGGGAGGUGUUUCCUGCAUUCCCUCUCAGGCCCUUAAAUUUUACUGUGUCAGUUACUAGCAACUACAAACAAAGACUAGUUUAAAUUUUCACCUAAAAGGUAAAAUUGAGUGUUGUCCAUGUCGCCCGCAGGGAAGCUUGGUUGUGUUGAAGGACUCAUAGCCUAGGACCCCAGAGUUCUAGGAAGCCGUGACCCAAGGGAUCCCCAGAAGUGGCCACUCUGAACAGUGUUGAGGGAAACUGGGAAUUUUCCUGAAUAUGCAGCCUUUGAAACUUUAAUACAGUAUUUAGAAAAGUAUGAGAGCUUGGGAGGAAGUAAAAAGCAGAAGUGUCUUAGUCACUUCUGAUCCUGGGAACAGUUUAAAAGUCAGAGUCCAGUUGAUGUGGAGGGUCUGGAAAGCUUUUCAUGCAUUGGUGUUGACUUCUCAGUGAGACUGUGCUGAGGGCAUGUGGGCUGAGGGAGAGGCUCUGGAGACAUCUGGAAGAAGCAACGAGCCACACCUUGGGCAUAGGUGAAUGUGAGGCCACGUGGGUGAGUGGUGAGGUCUAAAGUUGGGUGGCUCUGAGGGGGCCAAGUUCAAAAUCAGAGAAUCUAGCAGAGCUGGGGCCCUGGGGUACUGUGGGAGAUGGUGGGAGGGACAUGUCAGCUCCACUGUCCCUUGGGUGCCUGCCUGGGACAAGUGCCAGUGCCAUGGGUGCCUGGAGGAGCAAGGAGGCUCCUCCCAGGCUCCUCUCUGUCCUGUGUGCCCUGGGGACAUCCUUAAGAAGCCCAGUAACUGUGCUGGGUCCUCUGCCUGCCCUCUGUGGGACCUGUUCCACUGGUGACAGUGGUCUUGGGGCCUGGUGCUGGAGGGAUUGGGACAGAGGCCAGCUGCAGUGUUGUGGGCCCCUUACCAGAGUACCUCCUCCUUGUACUCUGGCCUGCAGCAAGAAUUCCUCCUUCUGAGUCAGUGCAGGUCUGUGCAGCUCCUGCCCAGGGGAAUGUCAGCCUGCAGGAGGAGCCCAGUUGGAGCUGUGGCAUUGGCUCAGGACCCAGUGGGGGGCCUGCACUUGCCAGGAGGCUGUUCUUUUUGAGAAGGGUUUAGAAAAUCCAGGUCUUCCAGGAUGAAAGGCUCUAUGCUUGGGUGUGAGCCAGUGCUGGAGUGUGUGAGAGAGGGGGAUGGGCCCUGGGGGGGUGGGGGGUUUAGGGAGGAGAGAACCGGCUUUACCCGUCCUCCUCACUCUGCAGGCAUCUCUUGGAGCCUUUUAUAAUGAAAAUGAGUGUUUGUGUUUCUAGUUCAAGUUACUAAAUUCAUGAAGGAUGCUCCUUUCUGGAGAAGAGGUGGGACCACCCUGGCCUCAGUUAGUGCCACCCUGGGGGAUGCCUGAUGCGGGGGUGGUUUUACAGGGACUGCUUUGCUCUGGAGUUGGCUUAAAACUGCCAGCCCUGCCCCAGGUGCUUCCAUAGCCCUCUGUGACUGGCUGGCCUCCCCUUAGCCAGGGUGAGAGGGUGAGAGGUUACUCCGGUAGCCUUCGCUGUGGUUCCCUUUGAGCCCUGCCUCCCUUUGGGAAUCAUUAGGUCGCCAGCCCAUGACCCCUGGACCACAUCCCAGCAUCAGCCUUGCUCCUCCACCUUUGAUGGGCAUUGGCUAGGGCUGUUUUCAUGCUAGUUGGGUAGUUACAACAGACACACAGCCUAAAUUAUUUACCAUGUGGCCCUGGUCAGGAAAAUUUGCUGGGUCAAGUGCAGACAGUGGCCCACUUCCACACACAGUGGGUUUCUGCAGAACUGGCAUGUAUGACCUCAGGCCUUUUCCAGAGCUAAGGGAUGGUUUUCAGGUCCUUGAUUCACCUCACCUACCUCUGGGGUGAACUUUGAUGUGUCCAAGACCUGGCUUUUCUUCCUGUGAGGCUGCUCUGGCCUGUUGGAGCAAAGAAAGAAGACAGAAAGAAGGUCUCACCCUGCCCUGGCCAGCACCCCUCACCCUCCAUUUGAAUCACUGUGGAGUUACCUUCCCCUCCUUCUUUCUGACUAGGAGGUGAGCUCCUUGUCUGUUUCAUUCAGCCUAGAAUUAUGCCGGGCAGGAGGCAGCUGCCUGGAACACUUGAGUGAAGGAUGGCAGAAAUUUGGGGUGUGGUGGGAUAUGAUUGGAGGACGAAGCUAAGUGUCUUUCCCGAGGACACAUGUGCUUGACUUGCGGGUCAGCUACGGCCUGGGUGACUAUGCUGAGUCCCCGCUGGUCCAGGUGAUGGUGGCCUGGCUCCAGUGGAACUCACAUUCAUUCUGAGUUUUGCACAUGUUCAUCUGUUGCACAACCACUGGAGGGUAGGCCCCUUGCUGGGCACUGUUUAGGGACUUGGAAUAAGCAGUGAGUCAAAUAUUGAAAAAUCUGGGUGCUUGCCUUCUAUUUCUUGUUUUCUUUUUUGGCCACCACACAGCAUAUAAAGUUCCUGGGCCAGGGAUCAGAUCUGAACCACAGUUGCAACCUAAGCCACAGCUGUGGCAAUGCCAGAUCCUUGAACCACUGAGCCCGGCUGGGGAUUGGAACUGCCUCCUGGCCCUCCCAAGGCACUGCAGAUCUCAUUGUGCCACAGUGGUAACUCUUGGUGCUUGCCUUUUAGAAAGUCACACCAAAUCUUCCUCUUCUCCAGUGUAACCCGCAGGGGUGUGGAUGCAGAGGAUGUUAUGAACACACCAUUGCUCUUCCCAGAGAGACCUGCUGGUCACUUCUUUAUCCACCAAGUGGUGCUCAGGCAACUGUGUUGUGCUGCUGGAGUCACCCUGAGCAUGCAGGGCAGGGAGGCAAGAGCGGCGCCUAGGACCAGCCACCCUCAUGAGGAGUGGGUGAUGGACAGUUGCAAUGAGUGGAGAAACAAGCUGCUUCUGGUGGUGUCACUGUAAAACCAAAGCCAUGAGCCAAAUAUGGCCCUGGGGAGAGGCUUUGUGAUGGGCGGGGAAGCAGGGGUGUGCUGCUGUGGUCAGGGAGGCGGGUGGCCCAGGACAGCACUUCCCUUUACCUUCCAGCUGCUCCAUCUCACCAGGAGGCUUCUGGGGCAAAGGCUGUUUGACAAACUGAUGAAGAUGACCUUCUAUGGGCAGUUUGUGGCUGGCGAGGACCAGGAGUCCAUCCGGCCCCUGAUUCGGCAUAAUAGGGCCUUCGGUGUAGGCUCUAUCCUGGACUACAGCGUGGAGGAGGACCUGACCACCGAGGAGGCUGAGCGCAAGGAGAUGGAGUCCUGUACCUCGGCAGUGGAGAGGGAUGGCCAUGGCACCAGUAAGAGGGAGAAGCAGUUCCAGGCCCACCGGGCGUUUGGAGACCGCAGGGACGGCGUCGUCAGUGCCCGCACCUACUUCUACGCCAACGAGGCCAGGUGCGACAGCCACAUGGAGACGUUCUUGCGCUGCAUCGAGGCAUCAGGUGGAGCCAGCGAGGAUGGCUUCUCAGCCAUUAAGCUCACAGCGCUGGGGAGACCUCAGUUUCUGCUGCAGUUCUCAGAUGUGCUGACCAAGUGGAGAAGGUUCUUCCACCAAAUGGCUGCAGAGCAGGGCAAGGCAGGGCUGGAUGCCAUGGACACGAAGCUGGAGGUGGCUGCACUGCAGGAAAGUGUGGUGAAGAUGGGCAUCGCGCCCAGGACUGAGAUUGAGAACUGGUUCACCGUGGAGACCCUGGGCGUGUCUGGCACCCUGGACCUGCUGGACUGGGGCAGCCUCAUCGACAGCAGGACCGAGCUCUCCAAGCACUUGGUAGUCCCCAACAUGCAGACGGGACAGCUGGAACCUCUGCUGUCACAGUUCACGGAGGAGGAGGAGCAGCAGAUGACGAGGAUGCUGCAGAGGAUGGAUGUCCUGGCCAAGAAAGCCAGCGAGGCAGGCGUGCGGCUGAUGGUGGACGCAGAGCAGACAUACUUCCAGCCAGCCAUCAGCCGCCUAACUCUGGAGAUGCAGCGCAGAUUCAACGUGGAGAAGCCACUCAUCUUCAACACGUACCAGUGCUACCUGAAGGACGCCUAUGACAAUGUCACCCUGGAUGUGGAGCUGUCUCGUCGAGAGGGGUGGUGUUUUGGGGCCAAGCUGGUGCGUGGUGCAUACAUGGCCCAGGAACGUGCCCGCGCCCUAGAGAUUGGCUACGAGGACCCUAUCAACCCCACGUAUGAGGCCACCAAUGCCAUGUACCACAGGUGCCUCAACUAUGUCCUUGAGGAGCUGAAGCACAAUGCCAGGGCAGCAGUGAUGGUCGCCUCGCACAACGAGGACACUGUGUACUUCACGCUGCGCAGGAUGGAGGAGCUGGGCCUGCACCCCGCCGAUCGCCAGGUGUACUUUGGACAGCUUCUGGGCAUGUGCGACCAGAUCAGCUUCCCGUUGGGCCAGGCUGGCUUCCCCGUGUACAAGUACGUGCCUUAUGGCCCCGUGAUGGAGGUGCUGCCCUACCUGUCCCGCCGAGCCCAGGAGAACAGUGGUGUCAUGAAGGGUGCUCAGCGGGAGCGGCAGCUACUGUGGCAGGAGCUCAGGAGGAGGCUCUGGACAGGCAGCCUCUUCCACCGUCCAGCCUAGCACUGCGUCCCUGCCUCUCGACACCUCCUCACCUGGGCCGUGACCUCCAAGGGCCCCCAGGCUGACCCCGGCCUCACAGAUUCACCUUUCACAUCUAAAACUGUGAGACCCCAGUGGCCCCUGGCCAGGUUGUGGGCACCCAGGUGUGGCUGAGCCAAUACCUGCCAGAGCCUCUAGGAAUCCUUAGGAACUGUCUUUUAAUGAGCGAGCACGGCUGCAUCUCUGCCCACCCCCAUGAACUUGGACCUGAAGAACCGCUUUCUGUAGGAUCCAACUCAAGCACAGGUGGGCAGCAGCAGGCUGGGAAAGCUGCCCUGUCAAUAAACUACUAUUUCUGCAGCUAAGA